GGCCUGGCUGUUGAGGCACUGUUUGGAAAAGCUCCUAAAGAUAAUGAUAUUUCCACUCUUGUCUAUGCUCCUGGUGAGCUCCCGCCUUCGUGGUGGCCUGCUCAGAUAGCAAAACAAAAGGGCGAAUUCAUUGUUUUGGACCUACCUAAAGUGGAAGAGGGCGAGAACCAACACUCGGAUGAUCUCCGGAUGCCACUUCCUGCCCGCGAGCCUGUUGUGGAGCACGAGCAAGUGCGCCCGCAAACCACACAGAAGAUGAUGUCCAUCUCGGAUUUCCACACAUGCGUUCUUGAAGUUCCUAAAGAAUUGGAAACUCUGUAA